UAUUCACAGCAGUUCAGGGGACCUUAACGUUGGGUUAGCAUUUGGACUAAGCAUGGUUUCAACUCAUCUGUUUCUGCUACUGAGCAACUUCUGCUUAGCGCUUCAAGUAAGGUCUAUCUUUUCCAGUGAGCAGCUUAUGCUCGAUGACUGUGAGGAGCCCGUCGCUUCCAGGAAUGUAUUAUCUCUGGCAGAAGUCUUGUUAAUGUCAGUUACUGAUAAGUGAGAAGGUAAACAUGUGGCUCAUUCAGAACUGCACUUUCAGUGCUUUACCACUAGUCUGUUUUCAUGCACACGGCAGACCUCCAAAGAAAAAUUCUUCUACUGUACGUUAGUUUUUAAAAUCAUUUUUACUCUGUGAUUUUGGUUACCGUUCAUCUACUUUUUGCUACUUUCUAAAUUAGAUUUUGUUUGUUUGUUUGUUUGUUUUUGGUUGGUUUUCUUGUUUUGUUGUUGUUUUGUUUGUUUGUUCGUUUGUUUUUCCAAAUUUUACUGUCGUGAGAGAGAUCGUUUUCUUGUCUUGCUAGGAAUACUUUUAAGAAAUACAUAGCAAGUGCAUUAACUAUCCUAAGGGGUAACAAAAGGGAGACUUCACAUACCAAAACAGACACUCUGUAUUUGCUGACUGAAAUAUUUGAAUUUAAUAGCAGUAACAAAAUCACAGGGCUGAAGAAAGGAAGUUUGUGGAGGCCAAGGCAGGUGUGAACUCCGUAAUCAGUUGUUCUGGUGGAAGGCAUCACCACACUCCUUCAGAGAUCUUUUGUCAGAACUCCUUAUGUCAGCUCUCCCUAUGCAACUUUCAGGAAGGUAAUUGUUUUAGAAUAAGCACUUGAAACAGUAGUCUUUGCUAAGAUAACAUUUUUAGACUAGAAUAGGUUUAAGGGGUAGUAGGUUUUACAGUAUAGAUGAUCUAGAUCUUUCAAAGUCAAACUAUGUCCAGAAGUGAGUCUGUGAGUUUAACUCUUUUGAUUUAUGAGUUUGGAAAGUAUAUUGUUGCAAUUCUGUUCAUCCAAAAGUAUCUUCCAGGCAGAAUCAGACUGACAAAACUUGAAGAUCUGUUUAAAAGUAAAUGUAAUCUCGUUUAGGCUGCGUUUUGAUUAACUAUUCAAUUUACCAUAUGUAUCCUAAUAUACAUUGCUUUGUUGGCUGCUUCCAAAGCUAUCUACUUUGGAGUGUUUAAUGUUUAAGAACCAAUUAUCUCAAUUUUGUUUUGUUUGGAUAGUUUGCAAUGAAACAUUCUUUCAAGUGGGCUUUAUUUAGCUAAUUCCAUUACAAAAAGAAGAUCUAGGAGAAUGAAGAGAAGUUCAAGCUAGCCAAUGUUUAUUUUUACUAUUAAUAAUUUAUAUUACUGUAGUCCCCAGGGGAGGAAGGGCCCCACUAAGCCCACAUUGCUCUACAUGUAGUGACCGUGUCUCACAUAGCCUUAUUCAGCAGAUGAUUCUUUCUUGCUGCUGUGCGUCUGAUCUGUGCUAUAAGUGAGCAGACUGAUGAACAACAUAUGAAGACAAAUCAAGAAUUUUUUCUUUUCUUUUUUAAGUUUAGGCUAGGAAUCAGAGGGGAAACCUGAUGCAUCUUUUUAUACAAAAUCAGAACUGAUGCAGCUUUCCAGUGGAGCUAAAUCAUGAUCACAAGUUUCUUCAUUCUCUGAAUGUGUCUUUAGGAGCAAGUUUAGGUGGAGGUGCUAAAAAUGUUUCUGAACUAGCAGCAUACGAUUCCAUAUUUUAAGGCCACACUGGUGGGCCAAGUCAGUUUAAAAAUUAUUCACUUUCACCAAAUGUUCAUCAGAAGCUGUGAUUUUGCAUCUGAUCUGAUCUCCCUUCUGUUUUACAGAAGCCUUGAAAAAUGUGAUUUAGAGAUUCUUACUCUUACUGAAUGCAAGGACAGAGGACCAGAUCCUGAACUUCUAUAAAUAGAUAAUUUUAAUAAAGUUACGGCAGUUGACAUCAAAUGAAGAUCUGGCCUUCACUUUAUGGGAUACUCUCUUGAGCUGCUGGAUGGAACUGACACUGUAGAGAGCCUUGAUGUCAGCGCAGCUGUGCAGAUUUUGUCAGUGGAUUUACCACUCUUCUCCCCCACCAUUCUUUUCUGCACCGUUUCCAAAAUUUCAAAUUCAGAACCUAGGCAGAAAUGUUCCUGUCCUCUCUGUUCUAUAUCCCCGCCCUCAUUAGUUCACUUUAAAGGGAGUAAACCAUCUGUUUCCAAGUACAGCUGUGUGGAAAUGCACAUGGCAUUGGAGUGUCUACAGAAAGGGAACUUUGGCACAGAACACAGUGUUGAAUCCAUCAGACUUACUGAUUGGGGUCAUGUCGGUCAAACUCACAUUCGUCUCUUCUGGUGAUGGAGGUGGUAUCAGUAGGAGUUGUUCCUUCACUGGAUUCAGCACUGUGCAGAGCAGAAAAUUAGCAAAGUCUCUCAGCAGAAGCUCAGUAAGAUCAAGAAUGUCAUUGAAAUCCCCUAAGGCUUAUUCUUCACUGCAGAAAGGGGCAGUCAUCUGGGAUCCAAAACCACUGCAGGUGAAGAAAAUUUUUGAAGCUUUGAAGAAAGGACUUAAUGAGUACCUAGAAGCACAUCAGGCUGAAUUGGAUUAUCUCUCUGAUCGACACAAAGAUACAAAAAGGAACUCCAGAUUGGCCUUCUACUAUGACCUUGAUAAGGUAAGCACUCAAAUUCGCUCUGUGGAGAGAUACAUUAGAAAACUGGAAUUCCACAUAAGCAAAGUAGAAGAACUCUAUGAAGCUUAUUGUAUCCAGUGCAGAUUACGAGAUGGCGCCACUAAUAUGAAACGUGCCUUUUCCUUGUCUCCUUCCACCAAAGCCUCCAGGGAGAGCCUAGUGGAGCUCUAUAAGAACUUUCAGGAGUGUACAGAGGACAUGUGCUUCAUAGAAGGGGCAUUAGAGGUCCAUUUAGGAGAGUUUCACUUGAAGAUGAAAGGCUUGGUGGGAUUUGCACGUCUCUGCCCAGGUGACCAGUAUGAGGUUUCUGUGCGACUGGGGCGCCAAAAAUGGAGGUUGAAAGGCAAGAUUGAGACUGAUGACAGCCAAACAUGGGAUGAAGAAGAAAAGAUCUUUAUACCCAAUCUCCAUGAGCAGUUUGAAAUCAAGGUGACAGAACAGCGAGGACUGGCCACAGUUCUAGUUGGUGUCGUGACAUGUGACAGCAUAAACUUCUUUACAGCCAAGCCUCAAGCAAUCAUUGUGGAUAUAACUGAACUGGGCACUAUCAAGCUACAGCUGGAAGUCCUCUGGAACCCCUUUGAUGCAGAGAACCUGUUCCUGUCGCCUGGAACCACAUCCAAGUUUUCUGUGGGUAGCAGGAAGAGCUCUCUGUACAACUGGACCCCUCCAAAUACUCCCAGCUUCAGAGAGAAGUACUACCUGUCUGUUUUGCAACAAAGACAGAACCAAGGGGAUGUAAGUGGUGAAGCUCAGCCUCCUAGCAUAUUGAGUUACUUGGCUGCCUGUGAUUUUGGUACACACGAGAGAAGUAAAUCUCACAGUCCAGCAGAGACAAGUGAAGGAGACUCGUUCAGCUCUGAGGAUCAGAGAGGGACAGAAUCCAGAACUACACUUCCAGCUCUAGACCAUAGGACACUGCCAUUGAUGAUUAUUCAAGAGACUUGUGCAGAAGAGCAAAAGCCUCUUCCAAAUCAUUCAACUCUAGAUAUUCUGAAGAAGACUCCAUGUGUGGACACAUUUUCAAGUAACCCAUCUAGUUUCCUGAGUCGUGGAAAAGGCAGUAGAAGUUUAAACCAGACCAGAAGUCGCCAUCUGACAGAACAAGAAAGCAUUAGCCAGAAAAGCUUGAAUGCUGCAAAUGAUGUAAAACUGGAUGGAUGUACAAAGUCAAUUGACAAGACUCUCCAAGAAGUGUUUAAUUUGCUAAAAUUCCAUGGUGUUGGUCAAGCCCAGCUGGAGAAAUUGGAAUACCAAGUUUUAACUCUGAGGGAUAAAUUAAAGCUAAGGACACUUCAUCACAAACAUUCAUCUGUGGAAAGUUUAAUGGUGGAGACGGUGCUGGAAAGUUUUAACUUUUUAAAUGCUGACUGUAGUGCUGAUGAGGUUUCAUUAUUUGGAAGCAUAAGAACAGCCAGUAUCAGCAGCACGUACAAUGACAACACGUUUCAGUCCCUGAGCUGUGAUAUGAAAACAGAAACAAGAGAUGUAACUACGGGAGAUGACAACUUAGAUGUACUUUUAAUAACUCAUCUGAAGCUGUGCAAAGCUCUCCUGCAGAAACUGAGGUCACCAAAUGUAGCCCAGAUCAUCCAAGAGAAUGUUUUGGAAGAAGUGUCAGAGCAGUUGCGAGUCCUGGGGGAUGUCUUGGAUUUGUCUGUGGAAGAAAUUAUUCAGAAGACUAAGAAGAAGAAGCACUAUCUGAAAAUCUGGAGUGAUGUUGCAGAACCUGGCAGUAUCUUCUUUGCUUCAGCAGAAAGAUUCCGUCACGUACUGAAGUACACGUUGGCAGUCAAAGUGAAGGAAAAGUACCCUGGCCAAUUAGAAGCAGUUUUGCAAAGACUGCUAGAGCAGAUCGUCACCUGUGAUGGCUUGCUGCCUUCUCCAUAUCUCCAAACAGAACCAGUUACUUUAUUCCAGUUUUACAGCUACCUGGAGAAACACCGGAUUACAAGCCUGGAAAAACACGUAGGAAGACUUGCUAAAGAAGUGAUGCUAAUUGAGGAGCUACAGUGCCCUGGACGGCUGAAGACCCUUAAAAAAUUGAAAGGGAAGCGUCUGAAUCGGCUCCAGCCUCUACCGCAGACUUUGCGGCUACUUGGGAUUUUACAGCUUGAUGACAACCACCGCGUCAGCAAAGCAGCCACAUCCUGCCUCUCCCGUGCAGCAGCAAACAAGAACUUUAGGGAAAAGGCUCUCCUUUUUUACACUGAUGUUUUAGUUGGCUGUGAUACAAGACUUCAGCAAGCUGCGUGUUUGGCCCUUAAAAAUCUCAGAGGCAUAGAGAGUAUUGAGCAGGUUGCCCACCUGUGCCAGUCUGAAACAGAGGAUGUAAGGAAUGCAGCCAGGGAAACAACGCUGUCCUUUGGUGAAAAGGGACGACAAGCCUUUGAGAAAAUGGACAGGAUUUGCUGUGAAUUGAGGGAUGCUGUGCAGCAGGAGGCUGAAAUUGAGAUCACAGUAUUCUAGUGGAGUAUAAGGAGCUAAGUCAUGCUUUCCUCACAGCUACUUGUGGGUACCUGAGGGUUUACUUUUGUUGCUUAUCAGCAUCUUUACUUUCACUCUGCUAUGUACAUGCUGCCUACUGACAGUAGUUUUGUUUCCAAGGUGGACACAGUUUGCAAUCUAAAUCAAAUAGACUGGAAUCUUUGUUUUUUCUUUUCACUUUCAGUAUUGAUAAUCUGAAAUGCUGAAGAAAAAAACAAACUGGGGUCCGUAAGAAUGUCAAACCAGGCUGCAGCAUGAUUGAAGCCUGUGUCACAGAACUGGCUGCGCCCACACAAACUCAGUUGUGUGCCAUCUGUUCUGUUUGCAUUUCUACAAAGAAUGAAAUGAUGGUGCUCCAAUAGUCCAUCCUAGAACCUUGCUGACAGCCAGUUGUUUACAUCAGCUGCCAUGUGAAUUAGAAAAUCUAGCAGUAUUGCUUGCUGGUUUCUCUUUUUUUAAUAGAAUUUUGCUGCAGAAGGAACAAUGGCUCCUUGUUUCAAAAGCUUUUUUUUUAUUAUUUUUUUUUUUAAAUCAGUGCAACGUAGGACAGGCUUCUUGAGCAGGGGUUGGCAAGGACAAAGUGUGUAUCCUCUGCAGUUGACGAGGGGAAGUUAUUUAUCAUAUUAGCCAUGUACAAAUCAGACUGCCAUACAGACGGAGCUGUGUAAGCUUUUUAGGAAAAAAAGCAUUUUCUUCCUUUAACCAUAGGUCAAGGUUUGUAUAAUCACAUGCCCACUGCCAGGCUCCUUACUCUCCGCUUAGUGCAGGAGAAAGUGGUAACCAUGAUGUGAAGUCUGGCUACAGGUAAAAUACUUGAAAAGGCCUGUGUGUAUAUAUUUUAUAUAUAAUACUUUUUCUAUUCAGUAUUUAUUUGUUGGAUUUCAUACUUUCUGGUCUUCUAAUAAAACUUUUGAGACAAACCCUGCACAUCCUUCAUGUGGCCGUACGGACAGAGCGAUGGGGAGAGGUGCAUCUGAACGGCAAUUUAGGUUCUGCAUUCCAAGCCAGGCUGUGUGUCCACUAUACCCUUCAUCCACCCCGUCCUAUCCGCUCUGCCAGCUUCAGGCUUGUGCAGUCCAAGCAGGCUGGGCUGCUGCUGUGCUAUCAGUAUUGCCUUGGAACGUGCAGCAUCCUGAAACCCCGCGGCUCUGCUCUCCUGAGCUCUGAACUGCGGUGUUCACGUCACGCUGCUGCAUAGCAAGCUUUAACCGCACUCAGAGGCGGUCGCUCAUAGAUUUUGUAACUCUGCUUUUCAUUUGCAGAUUUAUUUCCAAGCAGGGACAGGCGUUCCCCGCUAAGUUCCCUGCAGGCCCGGCAGCUGCUGCCCUCUCCUCUCCUCCCCUUGGCUGGAAGGGGCGGUGAGGGGGGCGGGCUCUGAGUGCAGCGCUACCGCAGCUGCUUCGGCGCCGCUUUGUGGAACCGCUGAAAAAUCUCGAGCACUUCUCCAGUUGUAGCUUUCUUAAAAAUCUAAACAAAAAUUACGUUAAUUCGAAGAGCAUGGAAGUGCUGCGAUCCUGUAGUCCUUCCCUGGCUAAAGCACAACAGAAACUCCUGCACAAACUCGUAACGGAGGCACGGUGAUGCGUAUAUGACCCCAAUCCCUGAUCCAACGUACUAAAGUGUUGGAGGGGAGGAUGAACGUGGCAGGGAGAGGCACGGAACGGGGCACUCCUCUUCCUGGAGCUCCGACCUAUAAGUGAGCUCUGACAGUAACGCUUCAAGCCCUUUCCAGGAAGAGAAAUAAACACCAUCAGUGCAGAUUUGCAAGUAAUUCAAAGCAGGCGCCGGCAGCUCUGAGGAAACACAGCGAUGGGACGCGGGUACGUUCUUUAAAAAAAGAAUUUUAUUGUUACAACUGAAAUGGCAACUGAAAACUUGUAUGGGAAAUUGAGAAAACUGUACAGUUUUACUAUAACUUCUGAGGUCUUUGCAGUGACUUACACAAAAGACAAAAUACCUGAAAAUGUGUUAUACCAAAACAUUUAACUUUUUUGGUUUUUAUUUUUUUUAAAAAGUUUAUUCUAUGGUGAUCUGUAAAAAAAGAAAGACCUGAUGCGUAAAUAUUUGCUUAAGGCAAGAUAGCAGAGCAGCUCACUAACUUUCUAACAAGUUUAACAUGGAUAUUUGUCCAUUUUCCAAGAACAGGUUAACCAAUACACCCACUUUGAAAUGCUACUGUAUAUACACACCGAAACUACUACGUACACAUACAGGACACCAAAACAAAAAUGUUUACAGUUCAGUAUUACAAGCUCUAUCCACACCUCACAGGGACAGCACAAGUUCUCCUGAAUUUGGAACGGGUGACAGAAACAAGAAAAAUACACAGGCAGAAGAGAGGGUGUUCAGAACUUCCUCUGCAGGAACGUUCUCAUACUGCAGUAAUUUGUAAGCACGGUGCAACUGGAUGCUGGAUUCAAAGGGAGGAUGCUUUACUUUCCUCCCCAUGCUACCGUUUCUAAACAUCCCUUCUUGGGAACAGGACAGUUUGUUUUCUGUUUGGCUUUUUUUUUUUGAGGAGAAUCACGCCAUUUAAGAACCUGUGUCUUUGCAAAGCAACUGUGGCAGUCUUGCAAAAAAAGGUGGUUCUUUGUCCUCCAGUGCAGCUCUGAAGGCAGCACAGCAAGUCCCCCCCAGAGUCACCAACUCCUGCUUGCCACCCACGAGCAGAGGUGAGGUGUGAAUACAGCUUACCACGCACUCUGGAAUGUCUGUACUAUACUCACUCAGCUGAAAUGAACCAUGCUAACAACCAGGUUACGCUGAAUACGCAGAAAUUUAAUAGGAGGUCAUGCCAAGGAUCAGGCGAGUACAUGUUGUCUGAUAAACACCAAGUCCAUCUGCCGCUGAACGAAGAUGCUUUCAGCAGCAGCCUUUGAACCACAGCCACUUAAUGAUCAGUUCAUGCAAAUAUAAUUUGGGCACAUCAGUAAGCAGAAAUAGAACUUCUUUCACCUUUCAAGCACAUGGCAUUUAAUCAGGACACUAGAAGACUUUACAUGCAUUCUAAUACAAAUGAUGUAUGAAUGUUGCUUUAGAACAGUGUUCUACCAAACGAUGGAGAGAACAGUGGAGAGAAAGCAAUCACACGCUGUAUCUUAAAUACACAGAUGAGCCAUUAUAUAUUACCAUUUUUCUACACUCAUUUUUCACGAUUCCAGUAAUACCACCAGAUAUUGACUGGUUACAGCAUUCCUCCUUUCCAGUACUGGAAAGUACAGACUGUUGGUCUGACCAACAAUCCCACAGGUGAAGUAUCCAUUCCCAGUACUACCUGAGGAUUUAAUAUUGUACUUGUAAAAAGCCCUUGAUGCAAGCUUAACAAAAGACAGAAAAGAAACAGCUCCCCAUCUCACCUCCUUAUUCACCGAAGGAAAAGAGCUGCACCUACAGACAGCUUUGCAAAAAUGAAAAACGUGGAGUGGAAAGACUUUAAGAUACUCCAUAGUGAUGUUUGCACUGAGAAUGGUGGUUAAGUGCCAUAAAGCAUUUAAAAACAAAAGGAACUGAUUAGCAACGCUGUUGCAGAUCAGCCAACAUGGUUUGGUUUCAUUCACCACAGCUUUUAGUAGUGAAUUUAACUCUUCUGUUCCAUGACAUCAGCAAAUAAUUCUUCCCUAUUACUGUUUAAGUUGUAAUAAUUUGGUACUAAUGUGAGGAGCAGCAUUGACCAAGACUGCUGCUCAGUGUAACGCAAGCUUCCAGUCACAAUUCUACCAAUGCACCCAAAUCUUCAUUUGCAAGCACUCAGAUUAUUCAAGUGCUGGGCUCCAGCUGAGCAGACCCCUGGCACAGCACGGCACAGAACAAAACCACCCGUCUGUCAGCCCACGUUACUGAGGACAGCAACAUCCGUGUCUGCAGAGGUGCCAGGCUUAUCCACACACACCUCUGUCCCACGGUCACCCAACAGCUUCUCUUCAGCCAAAUACACCAGUAUUCUAAAUCUUUGCUUUAAAAUAAGCAAAACACACAAAUGCUUGCAUCAGCAGCCAGCUGAUGCGUUCUGAGGCCAACAUGUCUUCUGUUGAACUUUCUGUCUUAAGGAAGCUGCCACAGGAUUGAGGCUCUGGUUUUCCUGACGUGCUUUCCAUGCUUACCUGCAAUGCCUCUGAGCACACGACCUCCCGGCCGUGGCACAAAGCACACUGUUCCUUAUGAAGCAGAUGUAGACUGAAACUGCAUUUUACAUUCCAAAUGAUGAGGCUUAUGAACUGGUCCUUCUGAAUGCCAACUGAACAGCUUCAAAAUGCUGGUGGACAUGUUUUGGUUGAAUUUUCUUUCUUGUUUCUUUCCCUCCCCUCAAUUUCUCCUAACCCAGAAUACAAAUGUAAAAACAGCUUUACAAAGGAUGGUGCAAUGUAAAUAGGUAUAUGUGCAAGUAGAGCGCAACAAAAGUCAAUGAGAAGAUACAUUUCUUUAAAAAAAAGAAAAAAGAAAAAAAGAGCUGGACACGUUGGCAUACCCUGAGCAAAUGCAGAAGCCUGUUUCUAUAAACAACGUAAAACAAUAAGCUCUUUCAGAAAAGUUUUCCCAAGAUUAAAUACAUCAAUACCACAGGCACUGCCCACAACUCACUCAGUCUUUAACAGAUGAAGCAAGUUAGAAAUAAAACCAAACCAAAAACCCACCCAAUCAUAGCUGCCCCCUACCCCUUCCAAAAGGUUUACAUUCUUCAGGUAUGUGGGUUUGUUUUUCCUCUUUUUUUUGGGAACUCAAUGAUGUAAGUGAUGUAUUUGGUUACAACACUUGGAGAAUACAAGCAAGUUUCGCUUGUGCCUAGCUUUUCUGAAACACAAAAGAAAAAGAACUGGCUUUUUAAAAAAGGCUAAAAACAACAAUGUGUUGUAAUUCUAUCAUUUAGUAAAAAAAAAAAAAAAGGAAGAAAAAAAGAAAAA